AUGAGCCUCUUCUCCUCCGCUGGUAAUCGGCCUCUAGAAGUACCCAGCGUCACCAAGGAGGCCAUGAAGUUUGAUGUUGUACUAAUAGAGGUCAAGCGUAUAGAGUGGGUGGAAUACCCUCUAUGUAGGCUGCUGGACAACAACAAGCAUCCUGACCUCAACCACGCAAAUUACCCUAAUCUCUAUGCAGCAACAUUAGAGUGGGCCCGGCGAAUUAAGAAGGUUCAAAGAAAUUACCAGGGGAGCAAGAGUCUCAUAGACCAAGCCCUGCACAUGGAUGUUGUUAAGAGGGUUCUCAAAAUGACAUCCGUGUCAUCAGGCACACUACAACUCACGCUGGAUCAAAAAGAGUGGUUAAAGACAAAGGGUUACACCAUCCCUGAGAAGACACUGGCCGACAUAUUGGAAAACGACUCAAAAAGAAAACCAGGGACACAGACUCCAGCUCUGGGUCCGAAUCGGAGUCUGAACGAGAGGAGGAGCCCCGAAGGAAGAGACCACUAA